UAAACAAUGAGUAAUGGGUAUGUGUAGACUGAAUGGAAAUUAGUUUCGUUGUUUAAUGGGUGUUAUCGACUAAACGUGAAAAGUGUUUACACAUAGUUCUAUGUUGUAGUUAACCGGCAAAGUUCUGCUAGAAUCGUACGGCCAUUUACAUACGGUCUAUAGAUGAGGAAUUUAUAAGCUUUGAAACGAAUAUUCAGGGAACUUAAAAAGCGUUACUAUGACAUGUAUUGAUAUGUACGUACACACUUAAUAAAGGUUAACAGUUGAACCGUAGCGUUUUAUUACGUAACGCGUGAGCGCUCUCAGCAUCGCUGUAGAAAACUAGAUUGUAACGUUUGUUAAACAAUAGUGAUUUUUGUGGGAAUAUAAAAUUGUAAGGAAAAUAGAGAAAUAUGGAGGCUAGUUGUGCCCAAAUCCUUGGACUUAUAAUGUUGGUAAACACCAACCUGGCUAUCAUUAUAUCGUUCGCAACUCCAUACUGGAUAGUACAUGCUCUGGGAUACGGAAACCUCGGUCUCUGGGCGGAAUGUCUAGGGGAAAAAUGUACCUGGGUGUUUGAUAACGAGUUCGAGCUCCAAAGCCAGCGGCUAGACUGGUUCAAAGCCACACAGGGAUUGAUGUCAGUGGGGCUCGGACUUGGAUUAAUCGCCUUGUUGGUGGCCACAUUAUCACUGUGCUGCACGUGCCAUAGUUGCAAUCCACAUCAUCCAAUAUGCGGUCUUCUCUUAACCUCAUGUUUGUCAAUGGCAGUUGGGAUUGUAAUAUUCGGAGUGAAAGCACAUGACGAGUGGAAUAUAGAGUUAGAGAAGGGCCUGCACGGAAGCUUCGGAUGGUCGUUCUGGGUGGGCAUAGGGGCCACGGCUCUAGCUUUCUUGACCUCUUGUAUAUAUUGCUGCAUAGGCAGAAAACGUUACUGAUGAGGAGGAAAGACGUCAGAAAGAAACUGAUGAUUACAAAAUAAACAUUAAUGACGUCAUCAAUUUCGUUAUGUAGAAACGGAUGACGGCAGUACAAUAUUAAAGAUGACUGUCAUAUGUUCUCAAAAUAUAGUUUAUGAAUCAGUUAAGCGCAUGAACAUUUUUUUCUUCAUAUAUUUAUAUAAUGAAAAGUGAUUUUUUUUAUGUUAUGGUCAGUUCAUUUCAAUCGUUAAUAAUCAGUGCAGCCUUUAUAAACAAAAGUACUCAUGCAACAAUGUUAUUAAAAGACUAUAUAUCCUGCAAUUGCGAUCAAUAAAGAGAUUAAUAUCUCUCUGCAAUCGAUCACAAUAGUGCAGCCUUAAAUAUUAUAACCUAUACAUGCGCUCCAUUUAUCGCCGUUGCAGGUGUUAGUUUUUCUAGUCAAUCUUCCAUGCAGUUUCGCACUUUAUCUCUUUCGUAACUUGCUGCUUAAACUCGAUCUAGUUCGUUAAUUUCGGCUUGCACAGCCGCAGUGGAGUGUUUUUCCAUCAUGUUUUUCCAAAAUCUCCUUUGGCGUUAUUUAGUAAGUUUCUAGGUGCUAGCAUAAUUGUUUCAUUGUUUAGUAACGUAUUUCUUACGUUUCAAAAAAACAACGUUCCUAAAACUUCUUGCGUAUUAUGAAAACACUAAACUUUUGUUUUUUCAAGUUCGUGCGAAUCAAAAAAAUGUGUUUUAAUUAGAAACCUAACACGUGGUUUUCAGGGUUUUAAUUUUAUUUUCAUUUGAUAUAACCGGUAAAUAUAAAGUUAUUAUUUGAAGAAGAAAAAAGAAAGGAUGAAAUGUACCAGGCAUAUUUCAACCAUAAGAUAUUGGCGUUCAAUAGAAUAAAUAUUAAGCCUGACCGGACAGCUCGAACAUGCCAGCUGUUUCAGCUUUAUUGUUAUAAAGUAUUUAAGACGGCUGCUAUCUAAAAUGGACUGACCACCAUUUUGCUUCCUUAUUCUAUAUGUAUUUUUUAUGAUAUUUGCUUUCUUUAUGUUUAAGCUCACCAGAGCACAGCUUGCUCAAUUUGAGCUUUUGUGAUCUCACACCGUCCGGCGUCCGCCUGUCAUUCCGUUCAAAUUUCUUCAAACAGCAUGUCCUUCUCAACCACUGAAGCAAUUGCUCAAAGCUGUCUUGUUCUGAUCCAUGGUUGCUUUUUGUUGAAAUUGUUCAAAGAAAUCAUUCCAAGCAGAACACUGGUUGUCAUGACAUACAAAAACAAUCUUCUCCGACAUUGCAUGGAUAGAGCUAAGAUUUCUGGUAUUGUCUAGUGGACCUCUACCAAGAAUGCGCAAUACAAAAUAAUACCACUUAGGCUACUAUUAGCCAAAUCCUAGUGGAUUUUCCCUACAUAUGAUAUAAUGAAACUUAAAAAUCUUCUUCUCUGAAACCACAAAGCACAUGUCCUUCUGAACCACUGAAGCAAUUGCCCAAAGCUGUCUUGUUCUGAUCCAUGGUUGCUUUUUGUUGAAAUUGUUCAAAGAAAUCAUUCCAAGCAGAACACUGGUUGUCAUGAUACACAAAAACAAUUUUCUCCAAAAUUGCACGGAUAGAGCUUAGAUUUCUGUCAUUGUCUAGUGGACCUCUACCAAGAAUGCACAAUACAAAAAAUACCCCUUGGGCUACUAUUAGCCAAAUCCUAGUGGGUUUUCUUUACAUAAGAUUUAGUGAAACUUAAAAAUCUUCUUCUCUGAAACCACAAAGCGCAGGACAAAGAUAUUAAGCAUGGAGCAUUGUCUAGUGCACCUCUACCAAGGUUGUUCAAAUUACAGCCCUAUGGCAAAAAUGUCCUUGAAGCUUGGAAAUUUGAACUGUUCGCACAGUUUCAGAAGCAGACAUAAAUUUUGACAUCAGUUGGCCUAGAUUUUAAUCCUGUGAUCUACUUUCUUCUUUGAUAGCUAUAAACAUUUAGUAAACAUGUACAUACUUAGUUUAACAUACCAAAGUAUCCAGAACUACAGCUAUAAAGUUUGGACUCUUUGCAGUGUCAGAUCACCUAGAUUAAGAUAAUUGUGACCUACUUUUUGACUUUCUGAUCUCUGAACAUUGAAUGUUAGACUAUAUACACAAUUUAUCAUACUAACAGUUGACCUACAUUUUGACCCAGUGACCUAUUUUUUGUAUGUUUAAGUUAUCGGAAAGACAACUUGUUCUGUAGAGCUACAGUUAUGAAAUUUGGACCAAUGUUAAAAUAUACUUUGAAAAACUUCUAUAAACUUUGGUGAGCGAUAUAGGGUUAACUCGACUCUCUUGUUUACGUUAUUCUGUAUACAGCAAGCAUACAGUUGUUGUUUUAAUGUUGUACAAUAUUUAUGAUUCGUGUUAUAGGGCCUAUAUGAUUGUUUCGAAAACUGUUUUAUAUGCUAGUAUGUAAUCAUAUUACACGUAUUUGCUACAGCUUUUAUGUCAACAUCAUAUGUAUGAAAUUGUGUUUUAUACUAUACCUUUCGAUAUGAAUCUAGGGCAUUUGCGCUCCAGGACACCCCCCCCCCCUCGUCUAAAAUUGCAUCAUUUGACAAUUUCUCCCCGAGCGGAAAUGUAUAGAUAGGUACUUGACACACCUCAACCCCCUCGAUCCCCCCGGCACCAGCUAGUUUGGAAUUUUGCUAAAUCUUUGUCUAAUGCAGUUUUAGGCUUAUGUUUCAAUACAAAUGCAACAAUUAAAUUUAAAUGCAUAAUUCUUGAAAUACAUGAUGAUUUAAACAUAAGCUUAAGAGUGCAUUUGAUAUACAUCUUGCAAAUGACCACUGGGAAAGGGGGUGGAGGCAAAUUUUCGCCUUUCCAUUUGCACUGUAAAGGGUGGUACAAAUUGUAAAGUAGGGGUAAAUGUCCUGGUGGCAAAUGUCUGUUUACCUUUGGAUACAUUGCCAGUUAUAAGUCGCAUUCUCAUAACAACUGUAUACAUGAUUAAUAUAAAUGCGAAACUUUUUUCAGUUUGAAUUCUAUAAGGCAACAUCUUGCAUAACAAGUGAUAAUUUACCCGGCGGCCAUUGUUUUAAGAGGAUAUUUUCAAAAGGAAAUAGCUUGAGAUUUCUUUAUUAUUCUUGGCCUAUCAGUCGAGGGAAAUCGCUUGAGGUUUCUUUUCUGUUCUCGACCUAUUAGUAGAGGGAAAUAGCUUUAGGUUUCUUUUCUAUUUUUGGCCUAUUAGUGAGGAAAAUCGCUUGAGGUUUCUUUUCUGUUCUCGACCUAUUAGUAGAGGGAAAUCGCUUGAGGUUUCUUUUCUAUUAUUGGCCUAUCAGUAAAGGGAAAUCGCUUGAGUUUUGGCCUAAUAUAUAGUAGAGGGAAAUCGCUUGAGGUUUCUUUAUUAUUUUUGGCCUAAAAGUAGAGGGAAAGCGCUUGAGGUUUCUUUACUAGUCUCGGCCUAUCAGCUUGUACAAGAAUUUACAUACAAUUAACUCGGGAAUACAUUGUAUAUUGCUGAACACCUCUAAAAUAUAUUUAAUCAUUUUAGCAUCCCUUUAUUUGUAUAUAAGAUGUUCAUUUAAUGUGUAUAUGUUACAUACAAAUGUUUUGCUAAAGUUGUAAUAAAAUUCCAAAUGUUUGAAAUGCCUUAGCAUCAUAACAUAAAUUUAAAGGAUAUACAGCUUUAUAUACAUGUAUAUAAAGAAAUGUUUUUAGGCUUUUUUAUAUACAAUUUAUAGAUAGUAAAAUUUAUUUGUUUCCUUAUCUAUAAUCUUGAGUGUCAUAACGUCAUUUUAAUACUGCUUAAAUUUACCAAGUGAAAUAUUUUAAUGUUAAUAAAUCAUGUUAGCUUAAAUGAAAUUCCUUUUUUCCCCGAAAAAAAUAUAAAUUAUAUCAUUCUGCGUAUGUAAAUUAGCUUUGAGCUUAUUUCUUCUAUAGAUAUACUGUAAAAGACUCUGUGUUUAUGCCGGUAGUUCAGACAACGUAUAUGAAACAUUUUAAAGAACAACAAUUACAAUCAAAGCUUCUUAUCAUUAAAUUUUGAUAAGCUUUAUUCUAGUCAUUAAACAUUUUCGACACCAUGAUUGUAUGAAUGUAUGAAAAUUGUGUCCGAUUCAAAAUGUACGAAAAGAGGCGUUUCCAAAUCGUCCACGUGACAUUGUCAUUCAUGAGUAUUUUUUACAUUUUUUUUACCUUAGAAAAAUUCAAAUUAAUGAUGGAGAACCAUUUUCAUGUCAUUUGUACAAUUAACUACCUCUCCCUGUAGAAUUGCGUGCUUUCAUUAUGUCCAAAAAUAAUUGAUUGCAGCUAUGCAUUCAGACAAGGUUCUAUACUGUUGGUAGUUCUAUUUUUGUAUUUUGAUAUUGAAAUCCGUUAAAGGAACUCCACUGAGGUCAAAAUGCCUGAAAACAUAAAAUUCGAAAGUCUUAAAAAUAUCAAGUGAAUCUCUUAAAUGGAAAACUCCGCAAAGGAUAACAAAGAAAUAUACUAAGAAUUAAAUUGAAAGUCUUUUUUGAUUCGAUCUUUAGCCAGAUUCCAGUGAAAAGCGUUGCAACGCUUUUAUUCUUAGGUCGUUUUGCACAAGAAAAAUAUUUUUUCAUGACAAACGGGGUGAUGGAAUGUCCUGAAAUUUUUUACACAAGUUGAUGGUCUAGACUUUCAUCAAUUUGUAAACAAAUCUCGGAAUAAUAUUCCCGGUAAUGUCAUGUCAACAAACCUAGUGGAGUCCCUUUAAACUUUGCAUGGACUGUUCCAAACUCAAUUCAGGGCAAAUCCAUUACACAAAUUCAACAGGUCAAUUGUUAAUGUUGGUUUUUAUGACUUUUUAUGGUUUUAGUAAUCUCCCUUUACAAAUGGUUACAAUUGUUUAAGUUGCUGUGCACCGUGAACGCUGCUUCCUUUUCUCGUACUUUUAAUCGCAUAUUGUUAAAGAGGCCUACACUUUAUUAUAGCAUUAUUUAUCUGGUGCCUUUCGUUUUGGUCCUUUCUUGUCACGUGCAAUGUUUUUCGUCACGUGCAACGGUUCUUGUCACGUGCAAUGUUCGAGUCUCGUAAAGCUGUUAAUUCAGGUGAAGAUAGAAAAUAAAGCCUAGUAAGUGUUAACAACAUUAUACAAGUAAUAUCUACCAAAUGUAUUGUAUUUUCAACCAAAUUGACAUGCGGCAUCACGGCGGAUUAAGCCUCAGAAACGAAUUUAUAGUUUCCUUUCUUUAGAAAAUUCAAGCAUGUGUUCCAUUGUUAUGAUGUUUAAAUAAUGGAUUUACAGCAUGUUAGAUGUUGAACACUUUAAGAAAGUAGCACUGACAUUUAAAUAAGUUGUCAUAAAAGUAAAAAAAUUAGUAAACAGUAUGCUUACUUCAAUGCAAAAAGAAAAUUAAAUCGCUGUAACUUAAACUGUCAAAAAGCAACAUAAGCAAAAUAUUGUUUUACCAUGUGAAAAUAACAAUGAAGGCAUUUCUGGGGCUUAAUUGGGCGUUGAUGGUUAAACAUCGAUCAUACGCAUGUAAUAUGCGUACUUCUUAGUCAAGAUAACUGUGUGUUACUAUUUUAUUUACAAUGUCAAUUCAAUUCAGAGCUUUCUAAACAAGUAAACAUCGUCACGUGUUUCUUGUCGAUGGAAUACCUGUAUAAUUACAUGUUUCUACAUAUAAUAACAAGCUUGUGUAAAUCCUCAUUACGACAUAAAGGCAGGUGUAAACUUAUUAUAGGAAAAUAUGUAUAUAGCGUGAGAGAAAAUAAAUAAUUAUACAACUCA